AUGGCCUGGCUUCAGGGAUUUCGGUCUUCAGAGUCGUUUGUCGUGACGACCGUAUCGAUUGCCAUUUUCACUAUCGUUCCUAUCAUGCCUCUCGCCCUGGUAGAGCGCAUCGGCGUCAGUCAGCAAGAUGUUCAACUAUGGGUCUCGAUUCUUCUCUCCGUGUACGGUGGCUCGAUACUGCUUGGAUCUCCAUUCUUCGGAUACUUCGCGGACCAUUGCAAACGUCGACGGAUGCCCUUUGUGGUAGGAUUAGUGUCCCUUUCUGCGUCCACUGGUCUAUUUGCAGUUGCUCGAUCCCUGCCCGUCCUCGUCAUUGCCCGCGCGCUGCAAGGACUAUCUGCUGCCGCCGUGUGGAUCGUCGGACUGUCUAUAAUCGCGGAUAAUGUGCCAACUGAGCGCGUCGCGGAGGCGAUGAGUUAUACGACUGUUGCGCUUGCGUGGGGAUCCUUGCUAGGUCCCGCUGUUGGCGGAGUGAUGUAUGAAAAGGUAGGCUUCUACGGGGCGUUUAUAGUCCCCAUAUGCUUGUUGGCUGUGGAUGUAGCCAUGCGGUUUGCAAUGAUUGAGCGAAAGAAAUCUACACAAGUCAACGAUUCUCCUAAAUUGAAACCCAGCGUCACCACCUCACCUACCGCAGAGUCCAGUAAUGGAGAAAGUUCUGCUGGCGGUAUCUCAGCCGUUAAUCACGGUAAUGAGCGAGCCCCUUUGCUAGGACAUUCAAAGCAAAAGGGCGAAGAUGCGCAGCAGAUUCAGACUGAAACGAGGGCGUCAGCCACUGUUUUCAGUUUAUUGUGCUCUCCGCGCUUGCCCCUGGCAUUGGUGUCAAUUGUGAUGAUUUCGCUCAUCGUUUCAUCUCUGGAUACCACCCUUCCCCUAUUUGUUAUGGAGAAAUUCCACUGGUCAUCUGGCGGUGCUGGCUUGAUAUUCAUGGUGCCUGCCAUCGCCAGCUUCUCUACUAUAUACAUUGCGGCGUUAGCUAGCAAGAUCGGACAUCGGAUCGUUGCAGCAGCUGCAUUCAUUCUCGCGGGGGUUUCGUGCUUCACGAUGCAACUUGUUCAACAAAAUACGACGAAUGAUAAAGUGCUUUUGGCUGGCAUUUUGUUUGUUCUGGGUGCCUGCAUUGCCACAGCCGAAAUGAUUGCGAUGACCGAAGUGUUGUACGCGAUUGAAGACCACGAGGCAGACUUCCCUGGGACGUUUGGUGCUACGCUCCCAAUUGCGCAGGCGUAUGCACUCUUCAACAUGGCACUGGCAGCAGGCCAGCUGCUAGGCCCGGUCGUAAUGGGCGUUAUCCGGGUUCACGCUGGGUGGCUUGGGUUGACGGUCACCCUUGGAGUGUGCUCCGUGCUGAUGUCCCUGCCUUACGUGCUUAUCAGAGGAAAGAAGACGGAGUGUUGUGUCUAA